AUGAGUUCAAAAAAAAUUGUUAAAAAAUUUUGGUUUCGUGAUUUAUCCUCUGCUAACAGCAAUUUGAAGUUAUUUCAAAGAUAUAAUGGCACUUAUUUCCUACAUGAUGAUGGAUAUAAUUUGAAUGUUUUAUCUUCUCAUGGUCAAUUAAAUCAGGAUUUAGGUUUUUUCUUGUGGUUAAAAAUCAAAGAUAUGGAGGGUGAUGUAUGGGUUACCCUAAUACCCAGAUAUUCUGUUUUGACCAAACUUGGCAAAAAUUUUCUUAGGUUGUCAAUUGAGAAAGGCCUAAAUAAAGAAUCUGAUUCUCUUUUAUAUACUUGGGAAGACUAUGGAGAUGAUUGUACUUUUAAGAUCAACAAUAUCAUUAGGUCUAACACUUCAAAUAAUAUGUUUAAUUUGCAAUAUAAUUUUGAUUUUAAUGGGAAAAUAUCUGUUCCAUAUUUAUUAGGAUUUAACAAAAUUGAAAAUGUUAAUUAUCUUUGUGGAUUAGUUCUUUCAUCUUAUCCAAAUUUAGAAAAUAAUGAUACAAAUACCUCAUCAAUAAAUUAUGCCAUUCCUCUUUCACAUCAUCUUCAAGUAAUAGAAAGAGCCUGUAAGCAUCAAGCAUUAGCUCUCGGUUCUUCCUCUGAAGAAGUCCAGUAUGGAAUAUAUGUUCAACCAGAAGGAAUAGAUAUGGAUCCACAAUCAGCUCAAGCACUUCUUAUAAAAUAUCAAUCAACUAAAAAUGAAAUUUAUUCAUUAAAAAAAAAAUUUAAAAAAUUAACGGAAAAUUUAGAACAAUUAAAG